AUGGGCAACAUAGACCACAGCAUCUCAGACCAGAUCCACCAGCUGUUUAUGAAAGAGAAAGAAGAACCUCAAAGAAUGGUGGUGCAGGAGGCCAGAGAUAUAUCACACGAUGGCGCACUUUCGGAGCUCGUAGGUCACGUGGAUAAAACUUCCGGAUCCUCCACCGGUCGUUCUUUCCGGCUCCGGUUACUUAUCACCGCAAAGAUGCUGAUGCCCAAGAAGAAUCGUAUCGCCAUCUAUGAACUCCUGUUCAAGGAAGGAGUCAUGGUGGCCAAAAAGGACGUCCACCUGGCCAAACAUCCCGAGCUGGCUGAUAAGAACGUGCCCAACCUCCAUGUGAUGAAGGCGAUGCAGUCUCUGAAGUCCUGUGGGUAUGUCAAGGAGCAGUUUGCCUGGCGUCAUUUUUACUGGUACCUUACAAAUGAGGGUAUUCAGUAUCUGAGAGACUUCCUCCACCUUCCCCCAGAGAUUGUGCCUGCCACUCUGCGCCGCCAGACACGCCCUGAGACUGCAAGGCCGAGACCCAAGGGAAUGGAAGGAGAGAGGCCCGCUCGCCUUAACCGUGGUGAGGCUGACCGAGACGCAUACAGGAGAUCUGCUGCUCCUCCUGGUGCAGACAAAAAGGCAGAGGCUGGUGCUGGAGCUGCCACAGAGUUCCAGUUUAGGGGCGGCUUUGGUCGUGGCAGAGGACAGCCGCCUCAAUAA